AGUUGCAUCAACCCGUCACAGCCAGUCAGUACGUACGCAGCGCUCUAGCAUAAGCAUCAUUUAAUCGCGUGUUCGGCCACUCUCUCACAUUAGAGUAUCCAUAUACGUUGACAGCUUCUAAGCUUUUUCUUAACAUCGAAUCAAACAUAAGCUUUUCUCGUGAUUACCGAUCGAAAGUCGAAUCUCUUUAAAGAAAAACAAUGAUCUAAUUCUCUAGUAGGUGGUUGUGUGGUGUUAUACCAGUGAAUACCCAGUAGAAGUGUUGAAAAUAACGAUGGAAAUAAACUGGUGGCCAAUAAUCGCGGCGGUGGUCGCCGUAAUCGCGGUAGCUUAUUACAGAAUCACUAGGAUCUACGAUUUCUUUGAGAAACGCGGGAUUCCUUAUUACAGUUACGUCCCGCUAUUAGGAAGCAUUUGGGAGGCCAUACUUCAACGAAUCUCGUUCGCCGAGACGGUUGAAAAAAUAUACCAGGCGUUUCCUGAUUCGAAGUACAUCGGUUUUUUCGACUUCUCCUCACCCAUAGUUAUGAUUCGAGAUCUCGAAUUGCUCAAGUCGAUCACCGUGAAGAACUUCGAUCAUUUUCCAGAUCACAGAUCCUUCGAUAACGUAGAUAGAGAUCCCCUGUUUGGUAAGAAUUUAUUUGCCCUUCGUGGCGAUAGAUGGAAGGAAGUGCGAAACACGUUGAGUCCAGCCUUCACGUCAAGCAAGAUGAAGGCGAUGUUCGUACUAAUGCGCGAAUGCGCUAAGGAAUACGGCGAUUAUUUCGCUUCUUUGCCUGCCGACCAGACUACUUUGGAGUUAAAAGAUUCGUUCACCAAAUAUACCAACGACGUAAUCGCUACUUGUGCCUUUGGCAUUAACGUGAACUCGAUAAAGGACCCGAAGAACAAUUUUUACGUGUACGGUAGAGAGGCUACUCAUUUUGGAAGAUCGCAAUCCAUCAAGUUUUUCAUUGUAAGAAGCUUGCCCUGGAUAGCUAGAGCAUUAAAUAUCAGGAUAAUUAAGAAGCAGAUCGUGGAUUUUUUCCAAGACUUGGUGGCUACUACGAUAAAGACCAGAGACGAGAAAGGUAUCGUUCGUCCGGAUAUGCUUCAGCUGAUGAUGGAAACGAGAGGGAAAUUAGCCCCAGAAAAGCAGCUGACCAUCGAAGAUAUGACUGCCCAGGCGUUCGUCUUCUUCUUUGGUGGAUUCGAAAGCACCUCUACUCUGAUGUGCUUCGCUGCUUACGAGGUUGGAGUGAACGAGGAAGUUCAGAGGAGAUUGCAAGACGAAAUCGAUCAGGUUUUGGAGGAUUGUAAGGGCGAAGCCACGUACGAGGCUAUCAACGACAUGAAGUAUCUGGACGCUGUCAUUCUCGAGAGUCUUAGGAUGUACCCAACCAUCGUGGCUGUCGAUAGACUUUGCGUAAAACCGUUCGAAUUACCGCCACAUUUGCCAGGAAAAAAACCCUACAUCGUCCAAGAAAAUGAAUGCAUAUGGAUACCGAUUUAUGGAAUUCAGCGUGAUCCACAGAAUUAUCCAGAGCCAAACAAAUUCAAUCCCGAUAGAUUCUACAGCGAUGCGACACAGAUGUCCAACUCCAGUUCGCUCUUUACCUUUGGAUUGGGACCUAGAAUGUGUAUCGGUAACAGAUUCGCGAUAUUGGAGGCGAAAGUUUUGUUGUUCUAUAUUUUUGCCAAGUGUAACCUCACACCGUGCGCCAAGACCUCUAUACCGCUGAAAUUGAACAAGAAAGGAUUUGCUAUGACGUCAGAGAAUGGAUUUUGGUUUAACAUUCAACCGAGAAACAUAAAGAAAGGCGAGGUCGAGAAAAUUACGGUUCCAGGAACGACGAUGUUUAUCGAGAAGAUUCCUGAUAGACAUCCAGACAAUUAAGUCAUAUGCGAUGUUUGUAAUAUCAAUUUUCCGAACUUUCGUUUGAAAAUAUCUACGUAUAUUUUUUCGAUGUAUUCAAUGCGAUAAGAUCGACGGUAAACCAGAAAUCAGAACCAAAGGCUUCGAGUUGAACACGUCACUUCAAACGUUUAUAUUUAGUUAUUCGCAUCGUCACUUGAUUUCGAAGUAUUAAGAAUCGAGAUGCUUGUUUCGCAAAAGAAAGUGAAAAACACAUAUACUUGGGGUAUUCAAAGUAUAUAGAGAAAUAAAAAGCUUUCAUACAAUAUUUUCAUUGUAACGCAUAAAAUAUAUGAAUUGUACAAAGUUUCGGCUCAACGAUUUCUCUUUUGUUCGAACAGAGAAACACUCUUAGAUAUCUAUAUUUAAAAUCAACAAAUUGAAAAUAAUUCUAUUUAACAACGAAGAACAUAGUGAUUUUUGCGGAGAUGAAGUACAUCUUGUUUUAUUUAAUUGUGUUAAAACAUCGUUAAAUUUUCAUAACUUUAAGCGAUUUUAGUAUUUUGUCGAAUGAUUUUCUAUUGAUACGAUCUUUAUGAUUAAUAUGAUUUUGUAGAAUUUAUAGAAAAUAAUCGUUACUAAUGUUCUACAAGUGUACUCUUAUUCAGCUGGUUUGCCAAAUGCUCGACGGAUGAUCUAAUACAUAGAUAAUACAGAUCUAAUGAUCUAAUAAUUCGAUCGAUGUUUUAUAGCUUUUUUUCCUUUAUACGUGUUUACGAGAUUUUCUCUGUAUACUAACAUUUAUAUACAUUUUAUUAUUUAGAUAAAUGUAUCUGUUAUAAUAUAAUAUGAUUAAACAAAAUUAAUAUUUGGAAUAAGAAUAUUUUGGGUUUAAAUAGAGGAACAAAAUAAAUAAAUACAAGUUUGUAUUGGGAAAUAGAA